AAAUUAUUUAAUCGACUUAUAAUAUCAUCAAUCAUAUUAUCGGUGCGAUAUUUAAUCAGAUGUACAGUAUGUUGCUGGAACUGUGCUGUGCGAGUGAACUUUCCGGUUAAAUGCCCUGCCGUAUUCCGGUUGUUGUGUUUGACUGUGCGCUGCGGCAGCAGGAUGGAGCUCUCUGCGCUCACCGCCGGGUUAGCUUUAGUUUUGGUGAGUUCUGUUCGGUUUGGUGCCUUUGGACUUCAGGACGUGACCGGAGAUUUAUUCGGGUCGGAAAACGCGGGCACGGUGGCUGCGUUCGGGGACUUUAACUCGGAUAAACAGACUGAUGUUUUCGUGAUCAGGGCAGACUCGGAGCUGGUGAUUUUCUUGGCUGAUGUGAAAGCUCCGUAUUUCAAACCCAAAGUGCGUGUAAAGAAAGACGCGUUUCCGAGUGAUGUCAGCGUGAUCAGCAGUGUGGUUCCAGCUGAUUAUGAUGGAGAUUCUCAGAUGGAUGUUCUGCUCACUGGCCACGCCACAGGAUCGGACCUGCAGCACACCAGCGUCUUCGUCUUCUGGGGGAACAACCAAACUCUCAAUCAGAGCGCAAGAGUCGACUUGAACAGAACCUUUAAGGAUCAACCUCUUGUUAUGGACUUUAAUGGCGAUAUGACCCCGGAUAUUUUCGGAAUGGUGGACGACUCCACAGAGGUCUGCUAUCUCCGUGGCAGGAAGCUGAAGUGUGAGAAAGCUCUCGGGUCAGGCGUGCAGAUCCGCAUUCCUCACUCCAACGCUUUCAUUGACCUGAACAAGGACUUCACAGCUGAUUUGUUUCUCAGCACAGAAUCGAAUUCAGUAUUCGGGUUUGAGACGUGGAUCAAUACGGAUGGAAACUUUACCAAGAACUCCACAGGAAGGGCACCAGAGCAAGCUAAACGAGUGGGUCAGUCUGCUUUCGUCGAUUUCGAUGGUGACGGUUCUCAGGAUCACCUCUUGCCUGUAUGUAUGGACGACGCAUGUACGAAAAGCGCCAUUUACCUGGCGAAGCCUGGAGGAACUGAGUGGGUUCCUGUGCUGACAGAUUUCCAGAGGAAAGACUCGCUGUGGGGUUUUGUCCCGCCUCCAGACACGCUCCCUGCAAAUGAGUUCCACCCCCUCAUCACGUUACACCUGGGCGACUACAACCUGGAUGGCUUCCCUGACGCUCUCGCCAUCCUGAAAAACACCAGCAACAGUGCUCAGCAGCAGGCGUUUCUUCUGGAGAACGUGGCGUGUAAUAACGUGAGCUGUAGAGAUGCGGGACGUAUGUUCCGCGUGCACUGGGACCAGUCGGACCUGAACGCCAUCCCCAAAGCCGUUGUGGCUACAUUCUUCGACAUCUACGAGGACGGAAUUCUGGACAUGAUCGUGCUGAGCCGAACAGAGGGGAAGAAAGAGCUCACCAUCCGCGCCCUGAAGAACAACUUUGAGGCCGACGCUUAUUUUGUCAAAGUAAUUGUACUCAGUGGGCUCUGCUCUAAUGACUGUCCUGACAAAGUGAAGCCAUUUGGUGUGAAUCAGCCCGGUCCAUAUGUCAUGUACACGUCAGUGGACUCUAACGGCUACCUGAAGAACGCCUCCGCGGGUCAGCUGAGUCAGUCAGCCCAUCUCUCUCUCCAGCUCCCCUACACCGUCCUGGGCCUGGGCCGCAGUGCCAACUUCCUGGAUCACCUUUUCGUUGGCAUCCCCCGACCCCCUGGAGUCAAGGACAUGAGGAAACAGGAAUGGACUGCCAUCAUCCCCAACUCUCAGCUCAUCGUCAUUCCUUAUCCAAACAGUGACCCUCGCAGUUGGAGUGCUAAACUCUAUCUGACUCCCAGUAAUAUUGUGCUGCUGACGGCCGUAGCACUGAUAGGAGUGUGUGUUUUUAUCCUCAUCAUCAUUGGAGUGCUGCACUGGCAAGAGAAGAAAGCAGAUGACCGCGAGAAGAGACAGGAAGCACAUCGCUUCCAUUUUGAUGCCAUGUGAGGAGCCAGAGUGCAUCGUGGUACAAAAAGAAGGUCCAUCAUAAGCAUUCAUCACACUGGAGAGUUUAUUUAUUAAUUUAUUUGAUGUUUUUCUCACUAGAUAUGAUUUUUUUUUCCCCUGUUUCUGUUGAAUGUGUUAUUGAAUGUAUGAGAUCUUGGGAAAGUGUGGCUGUUAUUCCUCACUUGUGAUUAUAAUUUUUUUCCUUACAUUUGUAUAUCAUGGAGGUUUACUUGAAUGUUAUAGCAUUACAGUAUGUUCUUGCAGCUGAAACAAACAGGGAGUAUUAAUUUUCGUAAAAAGCAAAGGAAUGCUUCAGUGCCAUUUUAUUUGUCCUUGUGGCAUAAAGUGUUGUGUUAAAUGUAUUUCUUUCUCUGACAUUACAAAAGGGAAAAUUGUGUCUCUUGGGUAAAAGAACCCCAGGACCAGUUAAGGGAGAUUAGUCUUUAUUUCUGGUGCGUGUUUUUAUGUGCUUUAACGGAAUAGCUGCACCAGUCAUAUUUAUCUGGCUUGAUCUUCAAUGUCUGUGAAUAAAACUGAAAAUCUUUCCUGUAAAAAUCGGUGAGGUACACAUACAGAAAAAUACAGAUAUGUUCAUGCAGUUUGUACUUUUUUGGCUCCUGUAAGAUUGUUCUUUUGCUCCUUUGGCAAACGGUCUUUAAUCAACUAAAAUAUGUUUGGUGAUUUGAAGUUUGCUUCUUUAGUUUUGCACUGUAGCUAACCAGGAUAAGCGUCCUUACAACCACCCUUUGUACGUGAAUAGUUUAAUAAAAUAGCAGAUUUUAUAAAGCUCCAUAUUAUUAAAAAAAUAAAUAUGCAAAUCAAAUUGGAAAUGCAUCAUUUGAAACACUUAAAACAUAUUAUUGUGCAAGUAGCUGUAAUGUGAAAGCUGUGAUACGAAACUUAAGCCUAUAAGGAAAGAAGUUUCCAUUUCAUAAUGAAAAUGGCACACUGGGAACGCACACUAGCCAUCUGACCCCGUGACCUUUACAUCGUUUUCUCCAUUAUCAAACAUGAAAGUAAAAAAUAUUUAAUGCAGAAAGCACCACAAUAAGUUCCGCCAUUUUGGAGUUGUGCAGAUCACAUGACAAAUUAAAAUGCAAAAAUUGUGCAGUACAAAACUUACCAAUUCAUCCAGAUUCGAAAGUGUGUGUGUGUGUGUGUGUGUGUGUGUGUUCAUGUUCAAGAAUGCGGUAUUCGUGUCAAUAGAAAGGCAAUAACUGUUAGAUGGGGGUUUUGUUGGGGGUUUUUUCGACCCAUAUUCCUGUGGACUAGCCCUUAGUACCAAGAUGGAAAGUCAUUCGACUUCAAGAUGGAGCUUGCAUUACUUGUUAGCUACAGUCGUCUCAAGGCAUCAGUGCAACGUUUAGAAAGCAAACAUUGCCGUUAGUAAGAUUGUGUACAUAUCAUAAAGUUUUCCUUUAAGAAUGUAAUUUUUUAAAUAAUUUUUUUUUUAAAUGUUGGUUUCAUGCUGACUAGUUAGGCCCAACCAGUCUCGUACAUCCUUGCAAGUACAUAAAUGAGAAUAUGAUGGAAUUUUAUGCAGAAUAUUACCCAUCAUUGAUUUUUAUUUUUAUUUUUUUUGGGGGGAGGGGGUAAGCAGCAAUAGAAAUUACUAGUCAUGAGAUAUGGAUAUGAUUUUUGAAUGAGUGUCUGUGUGAAAAUUCCCUGUUAAUUGAUUAUCUAUUAACCUAAUUGAUUGAUUGAUUGAUUAAUAAUGUCUCAUCCCCAAAGUGAACAGUCUUACUUUUAAUUCAACUUACACUUUACUGCCUUAUUGAAUCCCCUGCUGUUUGCUGUGUGGAGGUCAUUCCUGACUAACACAACCUUGACAUUAACUCUGUUUGUAGUGUUUUUGUGCUUUCUAACUGUAUAUUAUUAAUUUUUAUACAACAUUGGGUUAUGGGUGUGAAUUAGGUUCACUAAUGAUGAAUUGUUCAGCUUGUGAAUGGUUUUCAUCAUGCUGCAUUAGUCAAUACUUACAGGUUACUGUUAUUGACUCUCAUUUGGUGAAAUGAAUGCUUUUAUUUCUGGGGAACAUCUAUGAUAAUAGAACUGUCAAGCUGCUAUUGGUUUUCAGGACUAAACAUUUCGGGUUCUUUCAUGGCCAAUUCAGAGCAAAUUCAUAUUUGGUUCAAUUUCUCAGUGCACAUGAUUAAAGGAAUGAAAAAGCAAAAAGAAAAUUGUCCGAGGGUUGUGUUAGGCUGAAAAAAUCCUCAUAGAGCUCUUUCUUUCAUUGGUUAGAAAUACAGCAAAUUAAAAAAAAUCACAGAAAAAUCAUUGAGUAUGGAGAACAUAGAAAGUGCACUUAAUAAAUGAUUAGGUGAUUUUAUAAUUCGCUAGUUUAAAACAGUUUGUGUGCCAUACCGAACAGUAAUUUUCACUUUUUUGUUUGGUCCAAAUCCCGAGAGCCUUCAAGCAUAGUGCAUCUGUGCAGAGCUACAGCUCUGUCCUUUGGAUCAGUCUGACCUCACGGCUCAGUUUUGCAGCUCGUACACAAAAAAUAACGCUGUGUUCUUGUCUGCCUAAUGGACCGCAGCGAGGUUGGGAAUACAUCGGGAUUCCAUACAUAUGGCCUAAACAGCACAUAUGUGAUCCCCUUAAGGAGCUUUCAUACAUGCAGCGUUUUGUCCAUUAAAUGGAUCCCUGGUGCAAACCCUGAGGCUGUUGCGCUGCAGAAAUCCUGUGUGCUGUGGAUACCAAUGAGCAAAACAAGAAAAAUAAAUAAUGGACAUGAUAUGCAAAAUGUUUUAAACUUGUAUAUAUUAUCUAGCAGUUUAUUGCACUUUGACGGCACUGUGCAUUUAUCACUAAUGAAUAAAAGAGUUUCAGGAGGAUAUUUUCAUAUACACACUGUCAGAAAUGGGGGUACAGUAGGAGUCCAUUUCUAUCCCCCAAGGUACAGUCUGCACUAAUGUACCCCCUAGGGCUCAUUAUUGGACUUCAAGGUAACCAUGUGUACCGUUUAGGGUGUAAAAAAAAAAGGUACAUACAUCUUCCCAAGCAGUAGACAAAGGGUACAAACAAAUAAGUACCUUGGGGCAGUACCCGCUAGUGACAAGCUGUUGUACACCUAAAGGUACAAUAAUGCAUUUUGUUUUCUGAGUGCGCAGUGUGAAAUCGACCCAAACCAUGUAGCAAAUGAACAAAAAAUGAUCAAUUUUGGCGAUGAUUCAGAAUCCCAAACAGAUUACAGAGUAUGAAAGUGUCCUUUGUUCUGAAAGUGGUCUGAGGCAGCGUUAAUGGUGUAACUGAAAGCAGCUUCUUGUGGCUACAAGAGACUCUGGGUUUUUUUCUGUCUUUAGGUGUACGAUAUUCAUAACACAUUUGUCUAAACUAAACUGUGUUGUAAUAAAAUAAUUUCAACUGGAUUAACGUUAAAAUAGAGAGUCAGUAAAUGUAUGUGGAUUCAUCACUGGAAAAUAAACAUGACCAAACAUUCACUGUCCUGA